GUAAUAAUUAUUUCCAAUCCACCUGUUACGUUGUUGAUCACACAACACGUAACUGAAACAAGGAUGGAAGGGUGUUAAUAUGUUGUGGCAAGACAACGGGCGGCGAACAUGAGUAAGAAGUGAGGGAAGGAGAGAGCCGAGGGAGUCGGAAUGAAACAGAGAAUUGGAGGAUCAUUGGAGAGGAAAGAGUUCCUAGGCACCCAGUAUGAUGCGUCAUACUGACGUAGAGCAGAUCUAUUGCUAUGUACUAGUACAGUCAUGCUAUGAUAAAUCGCCAUCCACCGUAAGGGAAGGUUUAAUAAGUUGGGAAAUCAAAGGUAUGCGUCAAAAUGUAGUCUCCUAUAUAGUACUCGGUGUGUUUGUUUACUGCACUGGAUAACACGGCAAAUCUCCAACGACACGAGGACCGAGAGUGGCCUGGUUGUGAGCGUCGGGGGGGAAAACCCGAGUUCAGGUGUCGCGUUAACCCCCUUCCAGCCUCCGCUUCCAAGUACUUGAGCAGGCUGUGUGCGGGAGAAGGUUGUGGCUACAGCGCGUCAACAACAAAAGGCGCGGGAAGCAGAUACUGCAGAACUCUCCCCGCCCCGCCGUGUGCCGUGCCGAGCUGAGCUGUGUACGGGAAGCGGACCCCUUUCCCCGCUCUGUCCACCUGCCCACGCCCCGGCUGUAACGUGGUUCACCCCGCCGUUAGAGCCCAGAGAACCCUGAAGCCAGCGCGCGAGCCCAGGAAAGGCGACGGGACGAGACGGAGGGCUGAAGACGCGAGUGACGUCUCCUGGCCCGCUCACGCCCCAGGACGGGCUUUGAACUCCCGACCCUUGGUACGGCAAGGUCUGAAGUCCGGCCCAACGCCGCCCUUCCCGUGUUUGCUUUCGCCGCGACUCAACUCAAGUCGCCAGGUUUGUUUUUGGUCAUUUUCACCAGGAGGAAGCGAAGUGAGGGCCGCGCAGCAGCACGCGUUACGUGAAACGUGAACCCGGGACUGUACUGCAGUACCGAGGAUAUCGUGGCUGGGUACAGUACAGUACUGAGGAGACGACUUGGGUCUGUGUACUGCUGUGUACUGCAGUACAGUACAGUACAGUACUGAGGAUAGGAAUAGGUGGCAGUGUACUGCAGAAGUCAACAGCGUGGAUUUCUUGUUUGUGUACUCUUCAGGGCAGGUUGUUCUGUCGGACCGCGCGGCUAGGCCCCUGUAGCUGUGCGGCAAACAGGUUACCGCCCCCGGGAGCGAUCACCGCGUUCUCAGCCCGGGUCCUGCCGCACGGGUCGCUUUGAUCGGAACUCGCCGCUGAGCCGUGGUUUGUGUUUGUUUGCAGAGCUUCAGCAUGGAGUACGCGGGGAGACCGGCGGUCCUGUGCGCAGCGCUGCUGUUCCUGCUGCUGGCCGCCGACAUCGCAGGGGCAGACCGCGACUUCAUCAUCGUCAAGCGCUUCCACGGAAAGCGGGUUCCGCGGCAGGCAGGCGGGGCGCCCGUAGCGCAGCAGAUCGGCUCUCAGUGGGGCAGUGGCGGCGGCUCCGGAUCGGGGGGAGUUCCGUUCGCAGCCACAGUGUCUGCUGUCCCCGUCUUAACUACUCCGCCACCUGCUGCCCAGCCCCCCGUACAGAAAAAGCCUGAGAUCUACGCGCUGGACAUCAAGUCUACCGUGACGUCACGCUACGCUAAGACCGUGGUGACGAGUCGGCUGGCGAACAAGGCUGGCGAGGCGCGGGAAGCGGUGUUCGACGUCAGCCUGCCGAAAACCGCCUUCAUCUCAAACUUCUCCAUGACCAUUGAUAACGUGACGUACUUCGGGGAAGUGAAGGAGAAGGAGAAGGCUGAGAAGGAGUACAAGAAAGCCGUCAGUAAGGGGCAGAGUGCCGGCAAAGUCAGCGCAAGGCCGAAGAGAGAAAACAAGUUCAGAGUUUCCGUCAACGUGGCUGCGCAGAGCAAGGUGACCUUUAACCUUACCUACGAGGAGCUGCUGCAAAGGCGUCUGGGAAGUUACGAAUUGGUUCUGAGCGUCCGUCCGCAGCAGGUGGUCAGGCAUCUGAAGAUAGAUGUGAGGAUUAUAGAGACUAGGGACAUUGUACUGUUAGAUGUACCGAACAUCAGACGCAGCGUGGCAGACAACACGUACGGAGCCGGGGAGCUGGAAGGGGCUGAGAUUUCCCGCCCGUCUCCGAACCGCGCCCACAUCCAGUACCGCCCCUCCGACCUGCAGCAACUGCGCAUGUCUCCUGCAGGCAUCAGCGGCGACUUCCUGGUCAGAUAUGACGUCAAACGCGACAUGAGCGUCGGGGAUAUCCAGAUCGUGAACGGGUACUUCGUGCACUACUUCGCGCCGUCCGGCCUGCCCGUCGUGCCCAAGAACAUCGUGUUUGUCAUAGACCAGAGCGGGUCCAUGCAGGGAACCAAGAUGCGCCAGACCAAGCAUGCCAUGAACACCAUCCUCAAGGACCUCCGCGAACACGACCGGUUCAACGUGAUGGCGUUCUCGUACAGCAGCACCACCUGGCGGCCGGACGAGAUGGUGCAGGCCACGCCGGAGAACAUCGAGUCCGCCAGGACCUACGUCAGGAGGGAGAUCAGGGCGAAUGGAGGCACGAACAUCAACCAGGCGAUCCUAGACGCGGCGGACCUGCUGCGGAGAGUGACGGACGGGCGGCCGGACUCGCCUCGGUCUGCUUCACUCAUCAUCUUCCUCACGGACGGGCUGCCGUCUUCCGGGGAGACCAGGACAAAGAACAUCAUGGUAACCACUCAUGUCAUCCUAUCACUCACUCUCUAUGUACCGAACAUCAGACGCAGCGUGGCAGACAACACGUACGGUGCCGGGGAGCUGGAGGGGGCUGAGAUUUCCCGCCCGUCUCCGAACCGCGCCCACAUCCAGUACCGCCCCUCCGACCUGCAGCAACUGCGCAUGUCUCCUGCGGGCAUCAGCGGCGACUUCCUGGUCAGAUAUGACGUCAAACGCGACAUGAGCGUCGGGGACAUCCAGAUCGUGAACGGGUACUUCGUGCACUACUUCGCGCCGUCCGGCCUGCCCGUCGUGCCCAAGAACAUCGUGUUUGUCAUAGACCAGAGCGGGUCCAUGCAGGGAACCAAGAUGCGCCAGACCAAGCAUGCCAUGAACACCAUCCUCAAGGACCUGCGCGAGCACGACCGGUUCAACGUGAUGGCGUUCUCGUACAGCAGCACCACCUGGCGGCCGGACGAGAUGGUGCAGGCCACGCCGGAAAACAUCGAGUCUGCCAGGACCUACGUCAGGAGGGAAAUCAGCGCGAAUGGAGGCACGAACAUCAACCAGGCGAUACUAGACGCGGCAGACCUGCUGCGGAGAGUGACGGACGGGCGGCCGGACUCGCCUCGGUCUGCUUCACUCAUCAUCUUCCUCACGGACGGGCUGCCGUCUUCCGGGGAGACCAGGACAAAGAACAUCAUGGUGAACGUUAAGAACGCCAUCCGUGAGCAGAUGUCGCUGUUCUGCCUGGGGUUCGGCAAUGACGUGGACUUCCCCUUCCUGGAGAAAAUGGCGCUGGAGAACCGCGGGCUGGGGCGGCGGAUUUACGAGGACUCGGACGCCGCGCUGCAGCUCAAGGGUUUCUAUGACGAGGUGGCCACGCCCCUGUUGUUUGAUGUCCAGAUGAGAUACCCAGAAAACCUGGUGACCGACCUGACGCCUGUCGACUUCAACACCUACUUUGAUGGUUCCCUCAUCAUCUUCCUCACGGACGGGCUGCCGUCUUCCGGAGAGACGAGGACAAAGAACAUCAUGGUGAACGUUAAGAACGCCAUCCGUGAGCAGAUGUCGCUGUUCUGCCUGGGGUUCGGCAAUGACGUGGACUUCCCCUUCCUGGAGAAAAUGGCGCUGGAAAACCGCGGGCUGGGGCGGAGAAUAUACGAGGACUCGGACGCCGCGCUGCAGCUCAAGGGUUUCUAUGACGAGGUGGCCACGCCCCUGUUGUUUGAUGUCCAGAUGAGAUACCCGGAAAACCUGGUGACCGACCUGACGCCUGUCGACUUCAACACCUACUUUGAUGGAUCAGAGCUGGUUGUGGCCGGCAGACUGUCUAACGAAGUGAGCAGGACGCUGGACGUGUCGGUAGUGGGGAACACGGUGGACAGUCAGCUGACUCUGGAGAAGGAAGUUAACGUCACGGCACCCCACAAGGCGCUUCUCAAUCCACAGGCGGUUGGAGACUUCACCCAGCGGCUGUGGGCCUACCUCACCAUCAAACACUACCUGAAGCAGCGGCUCAUCGCCGAGCCUGGCGAGAAAACCAACCUCACGGCCAAGGCGCUGGCGCUGUCUCUCAAGUACAACUUCGUCACGCCCCUCACAUCCAUGAUAGUGGUGAAGCCGGACGAGGAGGAGGUAGCGGAGGAGGAGAAGGAGACAGACGGGGCGGCAGAUGUGCCGGGCGGGGCGUCCUCAGGUCCGGUGCCAGGCAGCGCGUUCUCAGGCCCGGGCCCGGUCGGCGUGCCAGGCAGCGCGUUCCCGGUGUCCCCGGGCGGCGCGUUCCCGGUGUCCCCGGUCGGCGUGCCAGGCAGCGCGUUCCCACGCCGCCCGGUGCCGGGGCGACCGGCCUUCGCACGGCCGCCACCUGUCAGAUUCGCGAAAGGGAGGGGAGGCGGCAGCCAGUCAGUUGACGGCGACCCCCACUUCAUAGUGGACAUGCCCGGUCUGAACGGGACGCUCUGCUUCGACAUCAACGGGCAGGCCGGGGACGUCCUGAACCUGCUACGGGACCGCGCACUGGGAACGGUGGUGAAUGCUCGCGUGGUGGCCGCCAAGAGGGUUCCUGAGGGGAAACAGAAGCUCCCGACCUACUUCGGAGAGUUGUCCAUCGCUGUGGGCUCCAUCAGGAUCUUCAUAACCCCCAAAGAGAUCCUCCUGCUGGGUCGUGACCCGGCGCAUGCGCAGGACCUGGUCAUCCCGUGGGGUAAAAGGUCGAAGCUGCUCCGCGGGCCUGUAAACAUCGACGUGCGCAGGCGCAGGAUGUCCGUACGUCACGUGGGGUCAGGGGUCGAGUUUGUGGUGUUACAGCACCCUGUCAGGGCGGACCACCCGAUAAAGCCUGACUACCUGGGGUUCUACGUGCAGAACGGCAAGGGGCUGUCUACAGGAGUACAUGGGCUUAUCGGACAAUUCCACUACGGCACAGCAAACCUGCACAUCGACGACGAUCCGCUAGAGGGCGGGGUUAGAAAGGCCCGGAUUUACAUCAAAGACAGGAAGGUCGAAGUUCACGAGAAGGAGCGGCGGAACCACCUGAUCAACAAAAGGGUUCGCUGCUGGCUCGCGCCGAACAACGCCGACCAGCUGAUCGACGGCCACUGGAGGGACUACCUCGUCCCGGACAUGUUUUCUCUCAAGGACUCGCAAAUGGCGGGAAACGCCGUCUUGUAGGGAAGUUUUCUGUCAAGGACUCAAAAAUGGCGGGAAACGCCGUCUUGUAGGGACGUUUUCUGUCAAGGACUCAAAAAUGGCGGGAAACGCCAUCUUGUAGGGAAGUUUUCUGUCAAGGACUCAAAAAUGGCGGGAAGCGCCGUCAUGUAGGGCGCAGGGGAUCACGGGAAGCGCCUUGUACAUACCGUACUUGACUAUCACGAUCGACUGGUUUACAGACUUGUCUGACGACUGAAUGCAUGUUGACGACAAUCAGAACACAGUCGAUGAAGUAAAAAUUGUGUUAUUCGACCUUUGAAAUGCCCCAAUUAUUUUUGAGGCGAUAAGAAUGUUAGCAGUAUGACGUUGUCUAUCCUUGCAACAGACCAUUGAUUGGUAAUACUGGCGAUGUCAAUCAUGUUAUAUAGAUAAAUUCCAAUAUAUACUUUGUAUAGUUUUUCAUAUAUUGUAUUAUAAUUCCCUUCGGGAAAUAUCCUUUUUUUUCGGGAAGACGAGAGGACCUACAGAUAAUGAACUCUAUUGCCUCUUGUAUGCUUUAGUUGUAUUUUGUAUCAAAUUGUUUAUGAGAAAUGGACUUUUUUCAGGUAUGUGGAUAUGCAGGCCUUACUAAAAUGAGGGAUAAUAUCUGAGUCCUGAAUAUUGUGUCGAUGAAGACUAAGAAAUUACGUUGAAGGGCGGCUUAUAGUAGAAAUGUGACGCCGGUGUCUCUCCUAUUUCUCUCUACUCAUAUAUAUUUUGUAUUACGUGUACCUCAGACACGUUUUUCUGAACCAUUUUACCACAUACCAGUUUACACAUAAAGUCUGUGCCAUGUUGGGCGCUGUGCACUGUACAAUAUAACCAGAACGUGAAUGGAUUAUGUUUUUACGAUUCGACACUUUAUACCCAUUGGCUUAUAUACAAUGCAGAGAAAACAAUGGAAUUUCACCCAUUUUCCAAAGAACAGAUAGAUGAAUUAAUUAGUACGAAGUUGUAUAUUAUAUAGUGAAGGGGACUGGAUGAAGACGACAGAAGUUUUAAGUUAGAGCAUAAAUAAAUCUGUGUGAGUCUCA